CUGAAGUUCAUGCAAAAGAACGAAGUCUGCCCUGUCUCUAUGCCUGCUUUCUCCUGCUGGAUCCAUGGCCACCGCCCGUCUUUCACAGUGUCAAAUUUGCAUGGCUCAAGGAUAAAACCAUAAUCAGCGUUAACCAACAUCGUCUGGUCUCAUACGAUGCUUCUCGCUUGUUUACGGUGUCGCAUCGGGUCAGUCCCAGAGUACGAAGGCCAACUGCGGCCUGAGACUGAGCUUUUCUGAUCACUCUACCUGCUCAAACAGUGCAAUCAGGCUGCAACUAACCUGUUCAUGAUGCUACUAAGGUUCUUACCUUCCCAGCUCAUUGAAUGGUAGGUUGAUCCAGUGACCACGACCUUGAUUUGCACGAGUGCCAGACUCAGGCGUGAAGCACUGGGCGUUGGAUACACCGUCCUUGUCCUUCUUGACAACUUGGCCAGCCAUCGGCUGACAAGAGGUCACAGUAAGUCGCAUUGCUUCCUGAAGACAGCUGUGGUUUUACUCUGUGCAUGCUGAGUGAUGUUUCUGGCCUGACGCUCCAAGGCUCGCAGCUUCCUCAGUGUGCAAUUGAAUUUAGUUGUGGUGAUUCUACUCGCUUCACAUGCCUGCGGUGGUGGCCUUUGUGACAGUCUUUCUCUCUACGUCAAAGCAAUACGCCAGGCAAAAGGCGUGUUGCGUGUUGCUUGCUUGCAAGUGUGAGGCAUUGUUUUGCCGCAGAAUUUUCCUCCUUGAGCAUCAUUCCAUGCCGGCAUAACUACAACUGCAGUUUCUCGACCUCUGUGGUAGUUCCUUUACCGGGUCACCAACUUCGAGUCCUCGCUUCAGCAACUAAGGAUGGCAUUCGAGCAACCUGGUGGUCGCCGUGGAGGGCGUCGCUCUGGAAGAGAUGCCGUGGGUGCAGAAUCCGAAAUCUCCACAACUACCUUGCCUGACGGUGAGAUGAACACGCAUCUUGUGGAACGUUUCAGACGUGGCAACCGCUUUCCUAACGCGCAAAAUGCAUACACUUCUGCCUUCACCAACGGCCUGGACCUCAAGCUCAACACGGAUAUUCGCGACUAUGUCGGAAAGCAAGAACAAAUCACCCAGUCUGCUGAAAGAGAUACUUGGUUGUCUCAACCAGAAAUUCCAACCAAGGAAGAAUUGGCAAUAGCUGAACCUGCUCUUCCCGCAAACAAGGUUAAUGCUCCUUGGAGGUCUAAAGAAAAAUACCUCCGCACCCAGUACGCGCUGUUACGCGAGGACGCAGUCGGCAACCUUCGUGAGGCGGUGCAAGACUUUGCGAAGAGCCCAACGACCGGUGACACACAAAAGUUCGCAGUGUACGACAAAGUCUACAUUCUUGGCUUCACUUUUGCCAGAAAGGGUCUCGCUGCCAGAAUUCAGUUUUCCACGAAGCGCGCGGGUAAACGUAUCCUUUGGCAGUCCACUAAGCGAUUGACAAGUGGAACGCUGGUAGCUCUCGUGCGUGCCAACGACAAGCUCACCGAUUUGCAAGGAGUGGUGAUCGCAGUUGUCGCAGCAAGACCUCUAGCUGGAGUACUCUGCCAACCUCCCCAAAUUGACAUCUAUUUUGGAAGUCCUGCGGACGUGCAGAUCGACCCACAACAAGAGUGGAUCAUGAUCGAAGCAAAGCAAGGCUACUAUGAGGCAUACCGUCACUCGCUGCGGGCGUUGCAGAAGCUCAGUCAAGAAGCCUUUCCGCUGUCGAAUGAGAUUUGCCAUUUCGCAUCGAAUACUGAGCCGCCAACCUAUGUUCAGGAGAACCCAACCCUCAACCUCAGCGCUGCGGCGAAGCCGGAAGAGAAGAAGCAGUAUUCCAAUGUCGACGUCACAAAGCCCUGGCCACCUCCCCCGAAGGACACACUAGACGAUACGCAAUGGCAAGCAUUGGAGCAGAUUCUUACCAAACGUCUAGCAAUCGUGCAAGGUCCUCCCGGUUGUGGAAAGACGUACAUAUCGAAAAUUGCGGUGCAGAUCCUUCAGGAGAAUCGCAAGGAUGAUGAUCCACCUAUCAUCAUUGCAGCGCAGACGAAUCAUGCUCUCGACCAGCUUCUAGGACAUAUCUCUCGUUUUGACGCCGAGUAUAUCCGUCUAGGUGGCAGAAGUACCAAUGCCGACGUCAAGCAACGUGCCCUUUACGAAAUUCGACAGCGCGAACGAAUCAAACUCGUUCCAGGAGGUCUCCUUAGCAAGACCAACAAUCUUCUUACCAAACAGGUCAAAGCAAUGACUGCUUUGCUCGGGCCGCUUGCAAAACCCGGCCCUGACCUCUAUUCCACGGAUGUAGCCUCUGCUCCUCAAACCCUCCUUCAACUAGGCGUCUUGACCGAUAAACAGGCCAAGUCUCUCGAAGACGGCGCAUCUCGGUGGGUUUCGACAGUCGAUACUGUGGAUGGAGCGAUUCGCCUGUGGCUCGAUCGAUUCAUCAUGCCUUUUGAAGUGAGAUAUGCGCAGGACGACUUUGGCUUCGAGGAUGCUGUCGAAGACGAUGAUCUGGAAUUUGAGCAGCUCAGAGAGAAUGAGGAUGCCACAGGCAUCAAUGACGAAGAGGACAUCGAAUUGCUGAAGGGUCCAUGGACAGCCGUGGUUGAGAGGUUUACUGUCUCUCCAUGCUCCUCCACCGACUUGGUCCAAGCUGCCAAAAUUCUGGAUUCGCCUACAACAAACGAUCUUUGGAAGGUACCAGAAUACCUGCGGAAACCCAUGUUCGCAGUCAUGCAGUCACGGGCGAAGGCGGCUAUUGCUGCGAAAUUUCGCGAGGCAGCAGCAGUCUACGAUAAGCUUGUCAAGGACUGUCUCAUUGGCAAAUGGGAACAGGACAGCGUCUACCUGUCACGUGCAAAGAUCAUCGGCAUGACAACCACAGGCUUGAGCAAGUAUCGCCCUUUGAUAUCUGCGCUGAAGCCGAAAAUCAUCCUAAUCGAAGAGGCCGCCGAGGUCUUGGAAGCCCCAGUCACAGUCGCAUGCAUUCCCAGUCUCCAACAUCUUAUCCUCGUGGGAGAUCAUCAGCAACUUCAAGGCCACUGCAGCGUUCAGGAACUGGAAGGGGAGCCGUUCAACCUGAAUAUUUCUCUCUUCGAGCGUCUGGUCAAGAACAACAUGCCGUACAAGACCCUCCUCCGUCAACGUCGAAUGGACCCAGAGUUUCGCCGACUCAUCUCCGACCUGUACCCCUCCUUGACAGAUCACCCCAGUGUCGUUGGCCGGCCAGCGCCACCUUGGGGCAUGGGACCCAUCAAGUCCUUCUUCUUUGAUCAUCAAUGGUCAGAGUACCGAGACGAAUCCCAGAGCAUCUACAACGAAGAGGAGGCCAAAUUCAUCGCCGGCUUCUACCGUUAUUUGAUCAAGAACGGCUUGGGACCUGAACAUAUCACAGUUUUGACGUUCUACAAUGGGCAACGCAAGAAAAUCCUCAAGGAGUUGAAAGCAUAUCCCGAGCUCAGACAAACUUACUGCGCCGUCAAGACGGUCGAUUCGUACCAAGGUGAAGAGAGUAACAUUGUCAUCUUAUCUCUAGCUCGCAGCAACCCGGAAGCGAAGAUUGGAUUUUUGGCCAACAACAACAGAGUCUGUGUGGCUCUGUCACGGGCAAAGUUUGGCUUCUACCUCUUCGGCAACGCUGACAAUCUUAUGCGAGGAAGUCCGCUCUGGUACAACGUAAUCACCUUGUUGGAUUCCAAACCCAAACGUCUCGGACAGGUGUUCCCGAUCCAGUGUCAGAACCACAAAACUACCCUGCUUAUGCAAUAUCCCGACGAUUGGCAGGAACUCGACGGGGGUUGUUCGAAGCCAUGCAAUGCCAAUUUGAAAUGUGGACAUCCAUGUCCUCUCCGCUGCCACCCCUUCGAUCAUGACAAGGUUGAAUGUCCGGAACUUUGCAACGAGACCAUGGUAUGUGGACAUGGCUGUGAGGCAAAAUGCUCCCAACCGUGUCUUUGCACCUGUGAUGAUUUUUCUCGCCUCAAGCGGGAGCAAGCGAUGAAAGUGUUCGACUCGUAACCCCGCGAACCGAGGUAUGAAGUCUACCGCGAAUCCGACAGACAUGCAAUCAAAGCGCAACCCACCCUUGCAGCCAGCCGUCAGCCGGCAGGAUGAUGCUCGUCGUCGCCAAACUUGGACCACUUUUGCCAAGGGAGGAGUGGUCGCUGAUGACAAACAAAAAGCCGAUGUGGGGAAAGACUACGAUGGGGUAACUCGAAAAGAGGCUGAUCAACGUGGGUUCCAGGUCGCAUCUCCCACACUGGAGUUUGGCGCCGUGAAAGUUGACGAAGAACCUGCCACGAAGAAGGAAACAGUGACUGUCAUGCAGCGUGGAAGAAACCAAUUCAUGCACGAAUACACACCCGCCGCAUUUCGUCGAAACCAGGAUCUUCUGGACAUUGAAAGUGGUGAAGAUGAUCAGACUCUGGAGGCGGAUGGGAGAGGCGGACUUGCACCACCGCCAGCAGGCCAGUCAAAAAGUGAACGAGCCCCAGGAGAAGCUCUGGCUCAACAUGGCAAUAAGGUCGGUGGGAAUGAUCCAGCUUCCACUAGGGAGCAGCAGAAGUCCGGUGGCGAUGUUAUGGAUGCGUUUGGCGACCUGCUCGAGUACUUUCGUACCGUGUGAACAGAGCGAGAGGCAGUUGUACCCUGGGUAGCCUUUGCAGUUUCUACGGCUUGACUCAAUACUGAGACCUCGAGUCAUGCACUGGUGGAUAUGGCUGCCUUGUAUGAGCACAACCAAGCCCUUUUUGUACAGAGUACUACCAUGCUUGAAACCCCUAGAAUAAUCAGGAUUGAGAACCAUGCUAUUCCAUACAAAGUAGGGAGGCCAUACUGCCCGUGAUUGAACCACUACUAGCCUG